AUGUUUCAACGGAAAACUUUACAAAGACGAAAUUUGAAGGGGCUUAAUCUGAACCUACAGGCAGAUUUGGCCAGCAAUGGCGAAAUGCAGGAAAAGACAGAGGCUCACCAACGACCCUCUCGAAUAGAAGGCCAGUUGAUGUCCAAUAUCAACGCGGUACAAAACAACAGUAAUUUGUACUUGCGAAGAGGCAUAAAAAAAAAACUGACGCUGGAUGCAUCUGUAAAUGAACAGGCAGAACGUCAGCCAAACGCCGUGGUCAUUCAGCAACCGCAAAACGAAUCUGUGUUGGUCCUGGCAUCGCUAUCGCAAUCGCCAUGUGCGUCUGCGUCUUCUUCUUCUUUGUCUACUCCAUGCAUAAUAGACGCGUACAGUAAUAAUUUUGGACUAUCGCCAUCAUCUACAAAUUCUACCCCAUCUACGAUACAAGGGUUGUCAACCGUUGCUACACCUAUCGAAAACGAGCACUCAAUAUUACUGCCGCCCUUGGAGGAAAGCCUUUCGCCAACCACUGCGGAUUUGAAGGAUACGUUAUCGGGAAACUCAAGUGAUAACUAUAUUCAACUACAGGAUUUGGUUCAGUUGGGGAAAAUCGGCGCUGGGAACUCAGGGACUGUAGUGAAAGCAUUGCACGUUCCUGAUUCUAAAAUCGUGGCCAAGAAGACCAUUCCUGUGGAACAGAACAAUAGUACCAUUAUCAACCAAUUAGUCAGGGAGUUAUCCAUUGUCAAAAAUGUCAAGCCUCACGAAAACAUUAUUACCUUCUAUGGUGCAUAUUACAAUCAGCAUAUAAACAAUGAAAUCAUCAUAUUGAUGGAAUAUUCAGACUGUGGUUCUUUAGAUAAGAUAUUAUCUGUUUAUAAAAGGUUUGUCCAAAGAGGAACAGUUUCGAAUAAAAAAACUUGGUUUAACGAACUUACCAUAUCAAAGAUAUCACAUGGCGUGCUUAACGGGUURGACCAUCUGUAUCGACAGUAUAAGAUUAUUCACCGUGAUAUCAAGCCUUCCAAUGUUCUGAUUAAUAGUAAAGGGCAGAUCAAAUUAUGUGAUUUUGGUGUUUCCAAAAAACUAGUAAACUCUAUAGCUGAUACAUUUGUUGGGACAUCCACUUACAUGUCGCCCGAGAGGAUACAAGGGAAUGUUUACUCCAUCAAGGGAGACGUCUGGUCGUUGGGGUUGAUGAUCAUCGAGUUGGUAACCGGGGAGUUUCCCUUAGGUGGGCAUAACGACACACCCGAUGGUAUACUAGAUCUACUACAGAGGAUUGUUAAUGAGCCUUCACCGAGGUUACCCAAGGAUCGCGUUUUCUCCAAAGAACUGACAGAUUUCGUUAAUAGAUGUUGUAUCAAGAACGAAAGGGAGAGAUCGUCGAUUAAUGAAUUGUUACACCACGACCUUAUACUAAAAUAUGCAACAGCAUCCAAAGACGACAAAUUCAGACACUGGUGUAAAAAGAUUAAAUCCAAGAUAAAGGAGGAUAAGAAUUUAAAAAGAGAAGCCUUAGAACGUGCUAAACUGGAAAAGAGACAAUGUGAAAAAUCAACAAAUUUGAACACUCCAAAUACAAGCACAUAG